UUGCCCGGACCGAGAUCUCAGACGGGCUCAGACGGGCUCCGCCACCCGGGCCGGGCUCGACACUCACCUCCUCCACGCUGCAGGGCCCGGAGCCCGCGUGAGUGAGCCCGUUUGCGGUCUCUGUCUCCGACGCGACACUAACGCCCUUCUCCUCUCUGUGUGUUUCAGGAUGCUGCAGCAGAUCCUCCAGGACAUGUGGGUGGACCCGGCCAUCCUGGCCGAGCUGGACGACGACCAGAAGCAGACGCUGUUCUGCAAGAUGCGCGAGGAGCAGGUGCGGCGCUGGCGCAGCUGGGACCAGAAGCUGUCGGAGCACCCCCCGCCACCGCCGCGCCCCAAGAAGAACACUGACGGAGCUGCUGGACCUGAGCCACAAGCAGAUCGAGGAGAUGGAGGCCGCCACGCAGCCCGCGUCGGUGCCGCCCAUACCGCUGCACCUGCCGCCACCGCAGCCCCCGCUGCCGCCGCCGCAGACCAAGCCCGAGGACGACCCCGCCGAGAUGAUCUACUGCUCCGUGGACGAGCUGCGCGAGUGGACCAAGAAGAAGGACGACACCAAGACCCUGGCCAACAACGCCAUCAACAGCUAAGAAACGGCCUUCCGAUCCGGAAUGGCGGCCGUGACGUGCUGCAGGAGAUCUCGCUCAACAGCAAGCCCGUGCCCAAGGUGGCGCAGCGGGUCGCGCAGUGGGAGCGGCGCGUCCUGGAGACGAGGACGGAGGAGAUCCUCACCAACCUGAAGCAGCGCCAGCAGGAGCGCCUGUGGCAGGAGCAGGAGCGGCUCGCCAAGGAGGCGGAGCUGCAGAUCCGCGAGGAGCACCGGCGGACGUCCGUCCUGGACGACCCCCGGACCUCGCCCCUCGCCCGCCGCCAGCCCGACGGCCUCUUCGCCGCCCUCUGUAGCCGCGAGGCGGUGAUCCAGUGGUACCGCAACCAGGAGAGCCCCGGCGCGCGGCGCGCGGGCCUGGACGCGAGCGGCGCCCCGCAGCCCUGGUUCCACGGGCUCAUCAGCCGGCAGGAGGCCCGCCGCCUCGCCUCCAAGGGCCCCGGCGCCUUCCUGGUGCGGCUGUCGGAGCGCGUGUGGGGCUACGCCAUCAGCUACCGGGACUCUGACGCCGCCGGCCCCGGCCGCCGAUGCAAGCACUACCCGGUGGACACGUCUGGCCUCGGUGGCGGCUACCAGUUCCUGGGCGCCAACCAGAUCUGCCACAAGUCGCUUGAGGACCUGGUGCGGUACCACCGCGAGCAGCCCAUCACGCUGGCUGGGGGAGAGCGCCUGAUCGAAGCCUGCCGGCGCCCCGCGACGCCUCCGCCCCCGCCGUCGGCGCCCGCCCUCGCCGUCGGCGCCCGCCCCCGCGGCCCCGCUCCACUUCCCCAUCGCCCACCCUCCCCUGCCCCCGCUGCCCGUCACUGCCCACAGACCGGUGUACGCCGGCGGCGCCAGGCUCGGCCGGAACGGUCCGGAAUAAGGAAGCCAGCAUCCUCCGGGCCUGAUCUGCUCAGCCCCGGAUGGACCAACUCUGACCCGGACCGGACCGGCCGGACUGACUGAUACAAGUGCGCCAUGUAAGUUUCCCGCAGUAGAUGUUUGGACCCGUGAUAAAGACUCCUGCUCUUUCUGCGUGGCUAGACUGUUGUGAUUUGACAUACCCUGUAGUCUUCAUAGUUUGAUUAAUGGCUAAGUCUGGCCCUCUGUAUUUUCUCUUGUCCUUUUUAAAAAAAUGUAACUGUGAAUAGUUUUUAAGAUGUUAAGCAAGGCGGCAGGGUUUGUGAUUGCCCAGACCUUAUAGUUUUUGCUCGAUUGUG